ACAUCAACAAGUCGGCGGAACGGGUGCGUUGCACUCUACGCAUCACCGGUCCGCGGUUUAGUCGGGCGACAAAGUUCUAGCGAGCAGCACCGGUUUCAGAGUUCAGAGUCUUUCCGCGGCAAGAUGGCGAAUCCUAACCAAGAAAUCAAGUACACCAAGCUCUUCAUCAACAAUCAGUUCGUGGAGGCGAAGGGUGGCAAAACGUUCGCGACACUCAACCCGGCCACCGGGCAACCGAUCGUGCGGGUCGCCGAGGGUGACAAGGACGAUGUCGAGGUGGCGGUGCGGGCCGCGAAGGCCGCCUUCGCACGGAGCGCCCCCUGGCGGCAGAUGGACGCGUCCGGACGGGGCCGGCUACUGAACCGGCUCGCCGAUCUGAUGCAGCGCGACACGGACACGCUCGCCAACCUGGAGUCGCUCGACAACGGGAAGACGUUCGGGGACUCGGUCUUCGACAUCGGGUGUGCCAUCGACACGUUCCGGUACUACGCCGGGUGGGCCGAUAAAAUUCACGGCAGCACGGUUCCGUCGGAUGGGCCGGUGCUGACGUACGUCCGGAAGGAACCGGUCGGUGUCGUGGGUCAGAUCAUCCCCUGGAACUACCCGGUUCUGAUGCUGACCUGGAAGUGGGCUCCGGCCCUGGCCGCCGGCUGCACGCUGGUCCUGAAGCCGGCCGAGCAGACACCGCUCAGCGCCCUGUACAUGGCCGCGCUCUCGAAGGAAGCCGGCUUCCCGGACGGUGUGAUCAACGUGGUGAAUGGGUUCGGGCCGACGGUCGGGGCGGCCAUCGUCGCUCACCCGGACGUCCGGAAGGUCGCGUUCACCGGGUCGGUCGAAACCGGGCGCCUCAUCCUGCAGGGUGCCUCGACAUCGAACCUCAAGAAGGUUUCGCUCGAGCUCGGAGGCAAGAGCCCGCUGGUCAUCUUCGACGACGCUAACCUGGACGAAGCGGUUGAGAUCGCCCACAACGCGAUCUUUGCCAACCACGGCCAGAACUGCUGCGCCGGAAGCCGCACGUUCGUGCAGGAGGGCAUCUACGACGCGUUCGUGGCGAAGGCCGCGGAGAUGGCGCGCCGGCGCAAGGUGGGCGACGCGUUCCAGGACGGCGUCCAGCAGGGCCCGCAGGUGGACGAGGAGCAGCUCCGGAAGGUGCUCGAGUACAUCGAAUCGGGCGAGAAGGAGGGCGCCCGGCUGCAGACCGGCGGCAAGCGGGUCGGAACGGUCGGGUACUUUGUCGAGCCGACCGUGUUCGCGGGUGUGACCGACGAGAUGCGGAUCGCGCGCGAGGAGAUCUUCGGCCCGGUCCAGAGCAUCCUGAAGUUCAAGACCCUCGACGAGGCCAUCGAGCGGGCCAACGCCACCGAGUACGGGCUGGCGGCCGGUGUCGUCACGCAGAACCUCAACACCGCCAUCACCUUCACGAACGCCGUCGAGGCCGGAUCCGUCUGGGUCAACUGCUACGACUACGUGGUGCCGACGACGCCCUUCGGUGGCUACAAGCAGUCCGGCAGUGGCCGCGAACUCGGCUACAGCGGCAUCGAGCUGUACCUCGAAACGAAGUCCGUCACGAUCAAGCUACCGACGAAGGUGUGAAGCCCGGAACGGAAUGCGAUUCAAAAUAAAGCUCGAUCGGUACUGGG